AUGGCUCCUAAGCGCGCCGCCGAGGGCGCAGCAGCCUCUUCAGACGCCCAACAGAACAAGAAGCCCCGUAAGGGUUUCCGCGUCGGCCCCGACAACCUGCCCGAUGGCCCGUGGCGUAGAAAGGUCGAGAAGAAAAAGGCACAGCUCAUUUACAAAGCCAAGGUAAAGAAGCAGUACGCCAAGAUCAAGGAGAGGGAACUCGCCGCCCAGGCAUCAUCCACAACGCAACCCGCCGUCACGCCGUCGGCCCAGGAUUCAGGCAACGAUGAAGACGAGGCUAUGAACGAGCCCCCCGCCGAUGAAGCACCCGAGAGAGAUUCUCAACCGUCAGCACCAGAAGCAGACACCAAGGACUCGGAGGAGACGCCAGCGCGGUCAGGCCCGGAUCCCUCAGAAGUCCACCCGAGCCGCCACGACUUGCUCGCCAACGACGGCGAGUUGCCCAACCCGAACACCAUCGCCGUGAAGCGCAAGCAUGGAAAACGUUUCGGAGACGGUGAGGGCGAGGGCGAGGGCGAGGGCGACGAGCAGGACGGGGACGAAGACGACGCGGGCGUCGACCGCUACGAGCCGCGCAAACCGCGUCGUCCCCGUAAGCCGGGCUACUACGAGAAGCAGCUCGCGCACGCCGAGAAGCGCAAGGCCGAGGCCGAGGCUCGUCGUGCAGAGAUGCAGCGACGCCAGAAAGAGCGCGAGCGCAAGGCCGCUGACCGCGAGAGGUUCCGCCGCGCCAUGGCCAAGGCCCGCAAGGGUGGCGAGAACGGUCAGCGCAAGCUCGGUCGGGAGAGCGCGCUGCUCCUCGAGAAGGUGAAGCGCAUGGUGGGCGACAAAUAA